AUGGACAGACAAGUGGUAUACGCUGAUUUAAAGUUAUCCAGAGAUUCAGGCCUUGAAAGUUCAUCACCUCCAUCUCAUCCUCAGGAUGCCUGUCAGGGUCCACCUUGGCAUCAAUUUGCUCUGAAACUUGUCUGUGCUGGGAUUAUUCUUCUUGUCUUGACUGUGAUUGGAUUGAGUGUUUUAGUGAUAUCCUUAAUGCAAAAAUUAUCAAUUGAAAAAAGUGCUCAGAGUGUUCAACAGAACAGGAGCGAAACAACAGAGAGAUCAAAUCAGUUAAAGUGUCCAAAACAAUGGCACCAACUCCAAGAGAAAUGUUUGUUUUUUUCAUUCACUUCAUCCUCUUGGAAAAAUAGUCUAACUGACUGUUCCACAAAAGAAUCCAGUCUGCUGCUUAUUCAAGACCAGGAAGAAUUGACACUCAUACAGAAUCAGAUAAACAAAGAAUUUCUGUUUUGGAUUGGAUUGAAUUUUGCAUUAUCAGAGAAAAACUGGAAGUGGAUAAAUGGCUCCUUUUUAAAUUCUAAUAUAUUAAAAAUUAAAGGUAAAGUUGAAGAAAACUAUUGUGUUUACAUUUCACAAAAAUAUAUUUAUUCUGAGAAAUGUGAUUCAGAAAUUGGAUGGAUCUGCCAAAAAGAACAAAAGCCUGUCAGAAAUAAAGUGUGUCCUGACUCCUAA